ACCGGAUACCGGAUUGAGCUCACCUGCUGCCGUGUCCCAGCACAACAGCAUCACACCUUCCUGGACUUUUCCCGUGAUUAAAAAAAAAAACAAACAAACCCCAAACAGAUUUAUUUCAGAAAUGGAGCUUUACAGUGGAAAGAGUACUAGGACUCGACUGAGUAUUGCUGAGGAAGAAGAAGCGUGUUUUAUUUGUCGUUCUAAAGGACGCGACUCUUUGUAGGUGGAGUCUGCAUUACAUGAAGUAGAGGUUGUGGAUUCUGGAUAACUGGAUGCCGAGGAACAACUCUCUCUUUUCGCCCUCAGAGCUGGACAUCUCUCUGCAGGAUGUCUCAAACUCUUCUCUCUUUCCCCUGGCUGAUUGGGAAGCUCCCACAUUCACACGGGCGGCACAGUUCCGAGUUGGUGCCACACUGUUGCUCUUCCUGUUUGCUGCAGUCAGUAACCUGGCACUUCUCAUCAGCGUGUGCCACGGACGGGGACGACGCCUGGCCUCCCACCUGCGGCCCCUCAUUACGAGCCUGGCUGCCGCAGAUCUUAUGAUGACGUUCAUCAUGAUGCCACUGGACAUGGUGUGGAAUGUGACGGUGCAGUGGCAUGGUGGUAAUGGUCUUUGCAAGUUGCUUAGCUUCCUUAAGUUGUUUGCCAUGCAGGCCUCUGCAUUUAUCCUGGUGGUGAUCAGUCUGGACCGACAGCAUGCCAUCCUGAAUCCUCUCGACACCAUUAAUGCACACCGGCGCAACAAGAGAAUGCUAGUGUUUGCAUGGAGCCUCAGCUUGCUCCUCGCCUCCCCACAGUUAUUUAUCUUCAGAGCAAUCAAAGCCGAAAAAGUGGAUUUCACUCAAUGUGUGACACACGGGAGUUUCCACGAGCGAUGGCAGGAGACGGUCUACAACAUGUUCCACUUUGUCACGCUCUACGUUAUCCCAUUGCUAGUCAUGAGCUGCUGUUACACCCGCAUCCUUGUCGAGAUCAGCAGACAGGAGCACAAAAAUAAAGCAGGGGAGUCUUGUCUCCGGCGAAGCCGAACAGAUAUGAUCCCUAAAGCAAGAAUGAAGACACUGAAGAUGACCAUAAUCAUCGUCCUCUCAUUCAUAGUCUGUUGGACUCCAUAUUACCUGUUGGGGAUCUGGUACUGGUUCCAACCAGAGAUGCUGAAGGUCACUCCAGAGUAUGUCCACCACGUGCUCUUUGUCUUUGGUAACCUGAAUACCUGCUGUGACCCAGUAAUCUACGGCCUGUACACUCCCUCUUUCCGUGCUGACCUUGCACGUUGCUGGGGCUGCCGAUCAACCAGCGACUCUCCUCGCUCUCUGGAAAGACUCUCCACUCGACAGGGGCCUCACAGCGCAGAGCAGGAGUCCGAUCCUGCCAGUGUGAAAGGGACUGAGAGGGUCACAGGGAGCCUGGAGACUAUCCCAAGGAACUUGGGACACAAGGCAGGGGACACCCUGGAUGGGGUGCCAGCACAUCGUAGGACACAAUCACACACAUUCACCCAUCACAAACAAUUUAGAGAUGCCAGUCAGCAUGUCUUUGGUCUGGGGGAGGAAACCGGUGUACCCAGAGGAAACCCCCGAAGCACAUGAAGAACAUGCAAAUUCGACACACACAGGGUGGAGGUGGGAAUUGACCCGCCUAUACCGGAAGUGCGAGGAAACAUGCUAACCACUAAGCCACCAUAUGCCCCAUGAAAUAAAAUAAUAACUUGUAAUGAAGAUUAAUUAAGCCCAGGCUUUAAUCGACAUUGACUGUAUACUGGCUACUGGUAUACAAGCUUCUUUAUAAAGCACUCUUGCUUGCAGGGAGCUCAUGUUAAUCAGCCAGCGAAACAAAAUUAAAUUAAAAUUAGUCUUCAUCAAUGUUGAAUUUUAAUGGUGAAAAGGGCAUAUUCUUUGGUAUUUCUGCUAAGAUGUUAUACCUUGAAUAUCAGGACCAAGAGAGGAGACUUUUUCACUGCCCCAUUGAGAGUGAUAUGGUGAUGUCACAGUAUGUGACUGUCACAGUAUGUAUCUUAGAGGUAUAAGGAAUAAAUGCACACCUGGGAGGCAAUCAUUUCUCUGCUCUGAAUGUGAGUUUGUACAAGAUAUUAUUAUUUUAUUGUCAGUGACGAUAGGAUCAAAAUUAUUUAAAGGUAAGAGAGAUGAGAAUGCAGUGAAAUCUCCUGCAUUAAUUUACCUCCUAAACUCAGUAUUGCCCACAGACUCAGUAAUGAGAGAUUCAGCUUAGUUAUCAAACCUGCUUACAUAACAUAAUCAGUACGUUUUAUAUGUACAUACUACACAUACAAACAAGAUAUCAGUUGUUUAUAAUAAUGGGAAAUGUCAUGGGAAACUGUAUAGUCCCGUGUGAAAUUACUGAAUAGCUUAUCUGAAAUAAUUAAACUAAUUUUCAGGCUUGAGUCCUAGUGGAAUUUUCCCUUUUGCGUGGAUGGUUAAAGUAGGGAUUGUGUCAGGAUUAAUUCCUACUGUGAGCUAACACACGCAACAAAUGUUCCUGUACAUAAUAAAGCAGGGAUGUCAGUGAGUCUAUAAAAGCAAGUCGGCAUCUUUUAAGAUUGAGAUAUCACCAGAACGUCUUCCACGUUCUUCUUUGAGCUCACACAUACACUCUCAAACACACCCUACAGAACACACAUACACGGGGUCUGCCUCUGUAGAAAGGUCCCCAGGGUCCUGCUAGCUGCCAUGGCAACACUUCAAGUCCAUUUUGCUGGUGUGAUGAAGAUUUCUGUAUGGUGUGGCCAAAAGAAAAGCAAUUACUGCAUGUCAUCUCCCCUGUUUUCUGAGCAAAUGAAAAAUGCUGUCCUGAUCGGAUCUGAUGCAUAGACCAGUAAUCUAAAUUCAAUACGUCUAUUAAACUGUUGCUGUUUUAAAUCAUGGUUUAAAAAAAUUGGCCCUCGUUCAUCAAAGUUGGACAUGGCCGUGGUUGUCCAUAUUUAUGCCUGGUCUCAGUGAGUGUAAAAAUGAGCAUAACAUUGUAACAACCUGAAAAACUUGUUUACGCAGAAGAGGUCUGUAAACGCCUUCCUCUGAGUGUCUUGGAUGAAAUAUGUGUUAAGCCCUGCUGAUGCGAGAGAACUAGCAAGUGGUUGGCAAUUAGCAAAUGACCUUUGGGAGAAAAUGGGUUGAAAAAUCUUGUGGUACUUCACAAAGUCUGUGAUGUCCUGUAUCCUAACAAUGUUCACAGGGUCUUUGGAGGAACAAAGCACCACAGCAUCACAUCACAGAUCCUCCACCAUAAUUAACAGUGGGGAUUAGGUUCAUUUCUGUAUAACCAUCCUUCUUUUCCACCGAAAAACCUUCAUUAGUAUUUGUUGCCAGAAAGCUCUAUACCCCAUGUGCUCAUGUACAGUAUGAGGUUAGAUUGAAGACCAUUUCAUUCCAAUUAGCAUGUAGGUGGUAUCGGGCACACGGUGGCUUAGUGGUUAGCACGUUAGCACGAUUCCCGCUGCAGCUCUGUGUAUGUGGAGUUUGCAUGUUCUCCCCGUGCUGCGGGGGUUUCCUCCGGGUACUCCAAUUUCCUCCCCCAGUAUAAAGACAUGCAUCGUAGGCUGAUUGGCAUGUCCAAAGUGUCCGUAGUGUAUGAAUGGGUGUGUGAAUGUGUCUGUGAUUGUGCCCCGCAAUGGGUUGGCACCCUGUCCAGGGUGUACCCGCCUUGUGCCCGAUGCUCCCUGGGAUAGGCUCAAGGUUUCCAUGACCCUGUAGGAUAAGCGAUAUAGAAAAUGGAUGGAUGGUUGUAGGUGAUGUCUGAUUGUAAAUAUGGAGACUCGAGACCACAAAAUGCUACCAUCUUCUGCAAAUCCAUACUGUAUGUAAAGGCAAAAUACGCUUUUGUCACAAAUCUUCCAGACAUCUUCAUCUUAGACGCUCAAAUCUGCACUCAAUUCUACACAACCUUGAUGAAUACAGGCCACUGUGUGUAUAAUCUAAAGCUCAUUCUUCUGAAUUUGGCUCCUUCAGGCUAAUUAUGCUCCCAGAUCAUGAAUUAUUCAGUAUCCAUAUAAAACUAAACCAUCUGGGAUUCUCAGGCUAUAUAUGAACCACCGUGUGUGCAAAUGGAUCUGCCUUGCAUAUUUUUGCAUUGUAAAAAAAUGUUGAUUUUCACUACUCAUUUAAACUAUUAAUUGUUAAUGAAAAUCUGCCUUUGGCUUCUUUUUGUAGCAUUACUGGAGCGGGGGUGUGCUAAAGGAAUUUUCUUCUUCUUAAGUACUCUGGGUGCAGUCAAUAUAUAAUUAGAGGAAGGCAACCCAGAGGCUAUCUGGAGGAGUCACAUUAGGGUUUUUGGCUAUUAAACGGUUUAUUGGCCUGAAGAGGAUAUUAUAAAUCCUCAUUUACCAUUUUCCUUCUAGUAUUGACUGAAGCUUUACCUAUGAUUGGUUGAUUAAUUGAUUGAUUGAUUUGUAAGCAGGUAGCCAAGCCAGAACAUUCUGAGAGGAUGCUUUCCUCAUAGUCUGAUGUCUGAAACUGAUGCUUAUGGUUCACUUCAGACUCAGUACAGCUGUAAUAGUUCUUUAGCAUGCAAUGUGGUCAUAUAUUAUAAUUAACUUGUAAUGUAGCAUCAUAUUUUAUCACAAAUAUACACUGGCAAAGACUUUACCCUUACCAAUAGUUCAUCCUUCCAAUUUUGUUUCCUAAGUUUAAUACAGAUUAUUCACCUUAUGGAACUAAUUACAUUUGGCUUUUGGACAAUUCUGCAUUCAUUUUUUAAAACAUUGAUUCAAGUGAAUCUCUGUUGUUGACAGUGACUAGCACACCAAUGGUGGUUCUGUGACUAUUAUUCCUGUAUUCCAGACUGUUGUUCAUUUAGCACAAUGUCUUAACAUGUAAAACAAUGAAAUUACUGACAGGGGCCAUGUGUGUCUUUCUUAGACCAUACAGGACUUAGAUGUGCCUACUGCAAUGAGUUGUGAGUGUGUUUUCUUAUGCAGAAUAACAGUUUUGUAUUUUUCAUUGAGAUUGUGAAGACAUACUGUGUUCGUGUGGUU